UUCCGUUCAUUGCAGCUCUUUCGGGUAGUUUAAUUGUAAGAAAUCGAUCAAAUACAGUUAAAGUACAUUUACAUUUCAAGCAGUAUGGAUAAUGAUGAGAGACGGAAGAUUAAGGAAUUGAUGAGAGAGAAAGGUAAAGAAGAUGAACCUUUACAAUGGAUGUACAAACAAAAUAAACCAGACACGGAGGACUUCCUACUGGGGAAGAGACUUGAUAAGUUUGAAGACGAAGAAGAGAAACAAGAAGAUAGUUAUGGAGCAUUGUUCAGUGAAAGGAUCCAACAUAACGAACAGAAAGAUGCACAGUCUAAAAUGAGAGAAGACCCAUUGUUUGCAAUUAGGCAUAAAGAGGAAGAAGCUAAAAGAAGGUUACUAGAUAAUCCUGUGAAAAUGAAAAGGCUACAACAAGCGAUUGAAAAACAGAAAGAAGGGAAGAAGAAGAAAAAGAAGACACACAAGGCUAAGGAUUCUGACAGUGAUAGUGAUGAUGAUUUGAUGUCAGCCUAUCUUAAUAUAUUAAAUUCUAAACAUAAGGGAGGUAAAUCUGCUGAUAAGGGAAGUAACUCUAAAGACAGGAGGAAACAAAGGGAAGUAAGUCCUGAUGACAGAGGUAAAAGAAGACAAGACAAUUCUUCUGAUAGGGGAGGCCACUCUAAAGACAGGAGACAAAGGGAAGUAAGUCCUGAUGCAAGAGGUUAUAGGAGACAAGAAAAUUAUUCUGACAGGGGAGGUUACUCUAAAGAUAGGCGGAUGCAAAGGGAAGUAAGUCCUGAUGAAAGAGGAGGCUAUAGAAGACAGGAAAAUGGUAGAUCAAUGAGAGAUGGAGAAGAUUCUAGAGGUGGAAGUAGUCGGAGGGGAUAUAAUAAUGAGAGGGAUAGAUAUGAUAGAGACAGAGGUAGAUAUAGAACUAAUGAUGAUGACGAUGAUAGAGGUAGAGAUACCAAAUACAAAGAUUCAAGGUCAGAUAGAGUUGAACGAGACAGGUCAUACAGAAGUUAUGGAGAUGAAGGCAUGUCUUCUAGGCGGGAAACUGAAAGGGACAGAUAUAGAGAAAGGUCAAAUGACAAUAAAUAUUCAGAAAGAACAAAUAGAGAUAGAAGGAAAAAUGACCGAUAUUCUUCUCAAGAGGGAAACAGAAGUGACCAAGAUUAUUACAAUGGUAAAGAUAGAUAUAAAAGUGACAAUAGAUCUAGAAAUAACGAUAAACAAUUGAACAGAAAGGGGGAAGUGUCCUCAGAUUCAGAUACGGACAGAAGAGACCAAACUGAAAGGGGAGGCUAUUCUGGGCAGUAUUCUAAAAGGGGAGAUCACUCUAGAAGGAAUAAUUCUUCUAGUUCAGAUUCAAGCAGUGAAUCUGAUGAAAAAAGUGCUAAGAAAAAGACUUUUCAAAGAAAAAAUGUGAGACAUGACUCAUCAUCUUCAUCUGAUAGUGAAGAGAAUAAAACUGUUUCAAAAAGUAGAAAGAAAAGUGAAAAAGUUUUGAAAAAGAAAAGACAUGAUUCAACUUCUUCUUCAUCAUCAUCGUCAUCAGUAAAGAACUCUGAAAAAAGAUCUCACUACUCUGAAAACAAAGGAAGUAGACAAAUUUCAUCAAGUGCAGCACAACGGCAGCGGUCUGAGUCCGGUUCAAGUGAUGAUUCUCAGGAAGAAACAAAAGAUGUUCGGAAAAAGACAGUGAACUCUGAUAGUGAUUCAGAACACGAAAAACAACGAAAACCCAAAAAUUAUGGUCUUGUGAUACUGAAUCCAGACAAUGUGCCAGUUCAGAAGUCCAAAAAAGUAAGUAAAUAUAGGUCAAGUUCAAGGUCAUUAUCACCUCCAAGGAAGUCUAUACAAAAGAAAAGGUCAAGAAGUAGGACACCACCAAGACAGCCUAAAAGAAAGUUAACAGAAGAAGAUAAGAAGAAGAGACUUGCAGAGAUGAUGGACAAUGCUAAAUGGAGAGAGGAACAACGGUCCAGUAAUGUAAAACGCUACGCCAAGGAGGAAGAAACCGAACAAGAUAAUCAACGCAAAAACUAUGAAACUACCGGCAGCUCGGAAUUUGUCAAUCCAAUGAUGUCUCUACACGCGGAGAGCAGUUCAGUGGCGGAUCGUAUCAAACGAAAUAAACAUAAUAUAUUACGUACAACAGCAGAUAUGGACAGAGGCUUUAGCAAGAAAUAAAAUCAAAACAAUGUGUGAAGAAAAUGAAAAAACUAAAAAAAUGAUGGCAUUAUGCUGACAGUAUUGUUGUAGAAUAAUAAUGAAAUGUGAUAGAGGAUAUAAUAACCUAAGAUCAGGAUCAAAAUUCAUAUUUACAUAAUUUCCUUGGGACAUCCUUUGGCCAAGUGG